AUGUUCUCCUUGUCCAUGAUGGUGGGUCUGAUCCCGCUGGUCUCCAUGUUCGGACUCUUCUACUCGGCGGCUGUGGACGAGAACUUCCCUCAGGGCUGCACCAGCAGCAGCAGCGUGUGCUUCUACAGCCUGCUGUUGCCCGUCACCAUCCCAGUCUACGUCUUCUUCCACCUGUGGAGCUGGAUGGGAAUCAAACUGUUCAGUCACAACUAGAGGCUCAGCCAUGAGGCCCGGCAUCACCGCAGUGCUGGAGGUGUAGCUCAGGAGUGACUGGUGAAGGAUCCUUGAAUAAAGUUCUGCUUUACUGAAAA